CUGAAAGUUUGAGGGGAAGUCCGGUGUUUUUUGAUGACACAUUUCCCACAGCACUUUCUCGUAACAGCCUUCAGAUGCAUCAAGUAGAGGAGUAACUUACGGUCAAACGUUUUUGGACCUUUUUGAUCUCUGACGGGACCACCCAGUGUUUGGUUGAGCCUUUUAUUUCUUUGAGCCAUGCCGCUUUGCACCGCGCCCCACAGCAACCGUUUUUGCCCUUUCACGGCCAGGCAGAGGAAGUGAGAGAAGUGGGGAAGUUGUUAGGGGAUGUAGAGGUGUGUAGGGGGGCGGGGGGGCUGAAAAAGAACAACAAACUUAAGAGCAUUUUUUUUUUUGGCUUGUUUGUUUGUUUUGGCUGCUGUCAAGUUCAAGUCAAAUUUGGGCUACCCGGAGGGAAGAGUCCGUGGAGGCCGGGGGCAUGGACACCCACGUUAAGGAAGGACAACUUUAUGUGCAGCAUCAAAAGUUUGGCAAGAAAUGGAAGAAGAAUUGGUUUGUCCUCUACCCGGCCAGCCAAAAUGGCAUCGCACGCCUCGAAUUCUUCGAGUCGUCCGGGUCGGGAGGUGUGGGCGGCGGCUCGGGCGGGAAUUCAAAUGAAAAAAGCAGAAAGCUGGACAAGAAGAUUAUCCGCUUGUCCGAGUGCAUCUCCAUCCUGCCGGCGCUGACGGAGAACUGUCCCAAAGACAACAUGGCAGCCUUCUGUGUGGAGACCAACGACAAGACCCACGUGUUCGCCGCCGAGAAGAAUGCCGCCAAGGAGUGGAUGAAUACCAUGUGUGACAUUGCAUUUCAGGGUGGAAGCGGUGGCAACGGGGAUUCUGACGCGGAAUCCCAAGACCUGAAGAUGUCUGAGAACCUUAUCUAUUACUCCAGAGAAGACGUGAACGAGUUCUGGGUGAGCGUUCAGCGGACGGAGGCUUCGGACCGCUGCAGGCUGUCGGGCAACUACUGGCUGAAAGCCGAAAGCAACGUCCUGAUCUUAAAAGAACCUAAAACAAAGAGGAAUGUCUUUGUCUGGCCGUACAAGCUGCUGAGGAGAUACGGGCGAGACCGGGUGAUGUUUUCCAUCGAGUCCGGCCGCCGCUGUGACUCGGGCCCCGGUAACUUCACCUUUGACACCAAGCAAGGUAACGAGAUCUUCACCCUCGUGGAUCAAGCCAUCAAGUCCCAGAAGGCCCUGGCUGAAGAGCGUCCCCUCAGCUGCCCCGUCUCCUUCGACCCAGAGUGCCCGCCAUCGCUGCAGCACAUCCGCAACGCUGGUGCCCCGGCACCCGCCAGCGGAGACAGCAGCAGCUGCAGCAGCUGGGAGGCCGAUGGCGAUUCGGGUGGCAGCAAACCGGGCUCCGCCGAUGGCGUGCUCGGGAAAAGAGAGGGAGGAGAUGGAGGAGGAGGGGCAAGAGGCCCAGCAAGCGCCGGUGCCGAGAGACAAAAAGGGAGGAGUUUACCAGAACUGCCCGCCAUACCGGGGCGCGCGAGUGGAGGAAACACACCUCCGCGGUCCCCAAGAGGUCAAGGAGCGGCAAAGUGUCUUUCCUCGGCUACCAAACAAGCUGCUCUCUACUCGGAACCAGCAGACGCCGUCCGUCUGCCUGCGCACACGGCUGAUGGCCUCUACUCUGACCCGGUGGACAGCAUUACAAUCGCGCCGCUAGUGCAAGUCCCUCGCCUGCGUCCGGUGGUUGACGAGUCCUCCGGAGGCGGGGCCCAAACAGAGCAUCACCACGGGAACGAGAGCCACAGCACCGCCCAGGACUUAUAUUCACACGUGUAUGACCACAUCAGCCUGGAGCUGAGCCAAAAGACCGAUGCCAUGAGUCUGAAUGGGGCCGGGAAUGCAGGAGGGGGAGGCGGGCGAUGCGCAGGCAGAGGGCUGAACAGUAACAAGAGAACCCGCGGAACAGCUCUGUCGCCCGCUGUUCUGUCUCUGGAGCAUAUUUACGACGAACCGGAGGGUUGCGCCAAAGGAUUUUUGAACUCGAGCAACACCUCGGGGAUGACUAUUUACAAUGAAGCCCGUUUGGAGCCUUACAGCCAAAAGAGGCGAGACGAAGUGGCUACCCUGACGGGAACGGAGGUAACUUACAGCACCCCCACCCACGGGAAGUCUUCUUUCGAAUCCCACAAACAUUCGCCCCCGAAUCGCGGAGGUCAACACCCGCCGGCUCCACGGUGGCCCAAACCCGUCACCGCUCCCAAACCCGUCCGGGGCAAUUUUGCCCGCAGGGAGCCCGUUCCGUUGCCUCCCGGGAAACACGGCGAGCCUGAUCAUAAUGUGAACAACAACAACAACAACAACAUUCGGGGCAGGGAGGGCGGAGGGGAAAAGGAGCUGUACAGCCAAGUUACAAAACCUUCUAAAUUGUGGUCAAAUCACUCCAAAGCAACACCGCUGAGCUCACCUGAUAUUAUCUAUGACAACUUGGGAAAUAUUUGACAGGCGCCUGAACUUGGCUGGAAGUGAUUACAUUUUUUUUUUUUU